AUGAGCUCGGAGAAGCCAAACUUUCUCUCGCAGCCGGUGGUGAAGAACAUUUUCAUGUUCCGGAACGGUGAUCCCUACUACGAGGCUCGCCGGAUAGUGAUCAAUGAAAAGAGGGUGUGCAACUUUGAGACUUUGCUCAGGGAGGUAACCGGCGGGAUACAAGCCCCGUUUGGAGCGGUGAGAAACAUCUACACGCCGAGAGGAGGUCACAAGGUGGACUGCUUGGAGAGCCUGCAGAGCGGGGAGCAGUACGUGGCUGCUGGGAGGGAAAGAUUCAAAAAGCUGGAUUAUUUACAGAUUGGUUACAGAAAGAAAAGGAUGAUGCAGACUCUUCCGAUGCAGGCCAAACCGCUGCCACAGAACAGGAUCAUCGUGUCGGCUCGAUUCCUGAAACCCAUCAAGGAGCCGUGCACGGUUUUUGUGGUGGCAAAUGGUGAUGUCCUGAACCCUGCAAUGAGGCUGCUGGUCCACCAGAGGAUGCUGGGCCAGUUUGACAAAAUACUAGAAAUGAUCACAGAGAAGAUGGGCUUGAGAGUCCUGGGGGGAGUGCGAAGUCUCUACACCUACGAAGGCCACCAGGUGAGCAAUGGGAAUCAGCUGGAGAGCGGUCAGCUGUAUGUGGCUGUGGGAAGAGAAAGAUUUAAGAAGCUUCCCUACAGUGACUUACUCUUCACCAAACCCAGAGGAACAAGGAGGGUCAAAGGAAUGAAAGCUUACUCUCUGCCGCCUAUCUACAGAUUCUCCAAGCAAAGUGGAAAUAACAAGUCCUCGGUUCGGUGCAGCGACAGUGGAGACGGAGAGUCCAAGGCCUCACCUCCGAACCACAACGGCAGCAAUAAGGAACACCUGUCCUCCAUCGUCAGAGAGAUCUCUCAGGCCAGACUGCUGUCGCUGAGGAAGAGGAGGAGCGGACAGAGCUUGACCCUAGACGCAGCUGACAAUGAUGACCUGGAAUCAAAGGUUGACGACGGAAACGCUGAUGGCAAACCUCCCCAAGACCAGCCGGAUAAAGCGAAACUCGACACCGAUGAGGCAAAGGAGGAGAGCGGCGGAAAGGCGGAAGAGAAGGAGGGCGCUUCUGAAAGCACCACAGAGGAAGACAGUUCCGCCAGCCAAGAAGACAAGAGGGAAGACCAGGAGAUGAAUGGUGAAAAGGAGGGAGGAGACGAGAAAAAGGAAAGUGAUGAGCAAAAUGAUGGCAAAGAGGCACCAGCAGCAAAUGAGCAGGAAGUGGAGGAGGCAAAAGAAGAAGUAAAUGAAGAUGUCAAAGAUGAGAUUAAGGAGGAGGUUAAGAGUGAGGAGCAAGAAACUAGCAGUAAUAACAGUGAUAAGACCCAGGACAGUAAAGAAGAGAAACAGGAUGGAGACCAUACAUCUUCUGGAGGUGAAAAGGAGCAAGACAAAGAUGUAGAAGAAGAGAAGAAAGAUAAAGACAGCGGAGGUGAGGAGGAGAAAAGCACUAAGGACAACACUAAUGAUGUAGACACAGGGGAGGAAGUGAAGGAGACGGAAAACAGCAAUGACCCAGGGAAGACUCAGUCAGAUAGCGAGACAAAAGAGAACGAUAACGGCAGGAGCAGCAGUAGCAACAGUAACCAAGAAGAAGAUGUGAGCAAAAUAAAAGACGAGCAACCGGAGUCACGCGAAGAAGAAGAGAGCAAGGUGAACGGAGAGGUCAGCGGAGAAGACGACGAGGUGGAAAGCGAAGCAGAGCUGGAUGUGAAAGAGAAAAACUCAGCCGGUACCAAAGAUGCCACGGUGAACGGAGAGAAGGUGGAGGGUGAUGAUAAAGAGAACCGAGACAAAAGCAGAAAGCAUUAA